AUGGCCACUGUUCCACCAAUGCCUUCUCCACCAUCACAUCAUCCCACCACUUCGCCAUCCUCUCCUCACUAUACGCAUCGACGACCAUCAUCAGCUACUGGUCAAAAGCGAGGGUUGACAAGAGUCAUCAGCAGCAUGCAUCCUGAUGAGAAGCCAUCAAAGACACGUAUUCUAUCUCCCACUCGUGCUUGGUUAAAACAAGGAGACAUUGUUCAUGAUUCACAGCUACGCAUGUUCAAGGUAUCUUUGGGUAGCAAUAAGGGUAGCAUGGCAGCUUUAUGCUAUUUGCCAACGCGAGUACAUUCAGUGGUCGAGUUUUAUCAUACGGAAAUCCCUGCAGCUUAUCGACACCGUGGGAUAGGCGAUAUGCUCGUCAAAUAUGCACUACAAUGGGCGGAACGUUCUGGACUGCUGGUCAUUCCGACAUGCCCUUUCGUAAAGCGAUACCUGAAACACCACCAAGGAUGUCAUGCACCUGUCGUUAGCACUGAACAAGAAGGCGUCGAUAAAAUGGUCCGAAUGCUUCCAACACCCAAGGAUGAAAAGGAUAAUGUGCUCUUGCAGUAA